AUGUCAUCGACACAUCAAUAUGAUCACGUGACCUAUUGUGGAUCGUUCCAUUUCGAUUUUGCUGCUCAUUCUUACCUUCUCCCGAACUGCGGGACAACAGAUCGUGGAAUAACAUGGUACGACAAGAGGAUGAAAAUGUGGUUGAUAACAAAAAAGACAAUCAGAUUCAGAAGCCUCAAAGGACGCGCCGCUAUGACUUUAGCAGCAUCUAUCGAUAUCCCCGUUCGAGUAGUCCUUCGACUGCUGAAACCUCCGAUGCCGCCUCUGAAGUACCCGCUACUCUAAAUGACCCAGUAAAGAGUGCACGGCGCAAACGCCAAGUUCAAUCGCCCUCGGAGGCCAAGCCAGCAAAGAAACGGGCUAAACGCGCACGAGACGAGAACGAAAUUAGCAAGCAUGAGCGUUUUUGGCUAGCAGACGGAAAUGUUGUCCUUGAACUUGAUGGCAUAUACUUCAGGGUGCAUCAAUCAUGGCUCACACAUCAUUCGAAACGCAUCGCAACCUCACUCCUAGACAAGGGCAUAAGUGGUGACAAAAUUGAACAAAUAAAAAUCGCUCUUCAUGGAAAACUCAAAGCAAAAGAUUUCGAGACACUGCUGUUGCUUUAUGACAACCCAGGAAAUUUCCGCAAUGCCAUUGAGCCUCGCACCCUAAUGUCCCUCAUUCGUGCAGCGACAGGCCUUGGUUUUGAUUCCGACCGUGUAUGGCUCGUGAGGGAGUUGGAAGCGCAUUGGCCAUCUAACCUGGAAGAGCUGACUGCUAACCCAGAGCCCCACCUCGAUGCUCCGGAGGUAGCUGUCCUCGCACGGAUGUGCAACAUCGAUGGGUUGUUGAGGCCUGCAUUCUAUGAUAUGGCAAGGGUGCCUGGGUUCGGUCUGGACAAGUUCGAGGAAUCAGAGCAAAUUGGCCGUGCGGAUAUGUUGCGCCUUAUACGGAUAAGGGAGUAUCUGAGUGAGAUGUGGGUACAGGCUGCUGCGCGUGAGGAUCCUGCCCUCGUUUGCCAGAACCUUCGGGGUGCUCCAUCAAGUGAUAGUGAAGAAACCUCAACUUCUUCUAAAAACGCUGACGAGAAGCCGGCACUCAUUUCUAUCACCUCUGACAGUGUGUCUAGCACAUGUCUCCCGCUCGCCGCAAGACGCGAAGCGUGGGCUCGGCUGGUAUAUGACUCUGGCAUUUUCACUCAGUAUCGGUAUGACCCACUGCGCGGACUAGCAGCGUUGAUGAACAUUGAGUGGACGAAUGAUUGGUGUAAAGAUUGUAAGGAGAAGAGGAAGAAGGAUUGGCAUAUAAUGCAGAGAAGCAUUUGGGAGAAGGUUGGCGAGUAUUUGAGAGAAGAUUGAUAGAUGGAUGUUGCAGUGAGUCACCUUGUUCCCCGAGUUUCUUGCUCUCCUAUGAUUCAAAUUUUUGCUCGUAUAUGAAGCAUUCCCUGUAUCGCUAGAGUUGCGCUGGAAUUCACUGCACUGAAAUUAUUAGAAUAGAAAGGGGCUUUAGACAAAAAGGGAGCUGAGUUUCAUAAAUUUCCUAUUCUAGUUUGUUAGGCGCUUCCUAAUGAGUACUUCUAUUCGGGAUAUUCCGAUUUCCCCUAUUUAAUGUUGUCAUGUCUCAUCUUACAUGAAG